AUGAACGUUUUUACCGGCGUUGGGUGCAUGGGCAAGUGGGACGAGGCCACAUGGUGCCAUUUUUUCCCCCAGACCCUCACUGGAUUAGCGAGGGCCUGGUUCGAUUCUUUGCCAGUUGGAUCGCUGGCUUCAUUUGAACAAAUGCAAGCAAAAUUUCUAGCACAUUUCAGCCAGCAGCGACGUCACAAACGUGAUUCAAUGGACGUCAUUAACAUCUGGCGCGGAGAUAGCGAAAGCCUGGAGUCUUUCCUCAUCCGCUACAAUAAAGAAUGCCUCGAGAUCGGCGGGAUAGCAGAUCAAAUGGACCGCAACCAUUUCAUCCGUGCCGUCAAGUACGAUGAAAUGGUCAUGACCAUCUCAGGCAAGGAAGGCUUGCCAGAAAAGUGGGACGGCGUCAUGGCCGCGGUGAAGACGUACGCCCAAACCCAACGGUCUCUCAAACCGCACACUGGCAAGACGGAACCCCAGGUGGAAGGUCAAUCCUCCUGCCAAGACACCAAGCAUAACAACAAGUGCAACCGGGACACUUGGAAUCGCGACAACGAUUCCAAACCAUAUGUCCCGCGCAGUUACCAGCCCGACGCAAGGGUAACGAUCAAUACACAACGUGACCAGCGGGCAUCUAAGAAGAACCAAGAUCAACAAGCCGCCAAGAGACGUCCUCCUUAUGGACGCACAAUUCUUGCGACCGGCCCAGCCAAUGAAGUCUAA